CUGUUCUCAUUUGCGACUCACACGAACGGGUUGGAGUCGGAUGAGUACUAAAGUGAAUCAGCCCUUCUCGUCUAAACCAGCCUUCCCGUUUCUGUUGAUUGACUACAUCCUUAACAACCCAAACUCUUCCCCAGAUGGUCGCGUAACAACAAGCGAUUACUGUUCCAAUGAAAAGGAAGUCUUGAUUAAGGUCGAGGAUCUCAAGGAGGAAGUCUGUGAUGCCAUGACUGUCGGAUUUUCACGUGAUGGAUUGCGAGUCAAGCUUUGUGACAACUACGACGAUAGUUUAUGUUCUCCUGUCAUCUUUUACAAGCCCACUGACCCCGAACUAGAAGAGGUGACCGCUUAUCUACCUCGUCUACCCAUAGGUAUGGCGAGGAUUUCGAGGACAUUGACAACUGCACACUGUAUCAUAACGGAUGGUGAGAUGAGCGUUACCGCCAAACUACUAGCCCCAAUCGAUUUCUCCUUCUCGUCUACACCAAUCUACCCGUUUCUGUUGAUAGACUACGUGCUUAACCUCCCAGAGUACUCUCCUGAUGGUCGCGUAAUUAGGACAUCCAAAACAGGUGAUCCAGCUCAAGUCCCAAAGACAACGAGCAUCUUGAUUAGGGAUAAGAAACUAGCGGAGGAAGUCCGUCAUGCGAUGACUAGAUCUCACAAUAAGAAGGUUCGGAUGUUCUCCUCUAAGCCUACAUACCCGUACGUGUUGAUUGACCACCUCCUUAAGACGACGAAACACUGUUCCACUGACCAAGUAUAUUACAAUGAUGAGUACAAAGAUGAACUCGUGAUUAAGGACAAUGGACUCGCAGAAGAGGUCCGAGUGGCGAUGACCCAUGGAAUUCCACAUAAAUAUGGAUAUAGAGUUAACCUGGAGAAAUCGGAGGAUAAUUCCACAAGUCUCACGCUGGUCAGUAACACACCAUCUGACCAGGUUCAGCGAGGACGACCAGGACUACGAACGGGUGGGCGCGGAAACAAUCUUCCAAACAACACUAGGGUUUUUGGUGUUUAGAGUGGAUACAAUUUGCGGUAAAAAGUAAAAGGCAAUCAAGUGC